AUUAGUACAGUGUAGAUAUUUUUCAUCGCGCACACACACUUUUGUUAUGUUAUUUACGGACGACCGAAAAUGACAGGCAAAGCGGCCAGUAACAAAGAGACGAAAGAGAACGCGAGGGACGUGGCCCUGCGACUGGCCACGCAGGAGGAAAAGCGUCGGAAAAGCGACCCGCACGAGAGUCGCGAGAAGUCGCUCAUCGUGCUCGGCAGUCGAGAAGUGGGAAAAACAACGAUGAUUUAUCGCUUCUUGGAGAAAGAGGACACGCCGAAGCCGACCCUAGCCAUGGAUUACGCUUACGGGAGGAAGGCGGGUAAAAAUCUAGUGAAGGACAUCGUCCACGUGUGGGAGAUCGGACACUUGACGCCGUCCCUCGUGUCGGCUGCGAUGAAGGGCUGCUGCCUCAGUCACUCGCCCCAUCACACCACGGUGCUCCUCGUGCUGGACCUCGGCAAGCCCGAGACCCUGUGGAACACCCUGGAGGACUGCCUCGAGGCGCUCCAAAAAGGCAUGGAAAUGAGCUACCCCAGGGAGCUGAUCGAGCAAGUGCUGAACGAAAAAUUGCGCGGUUUGGCGGAGCGCAGCGGCGGCCAACAGCAAUCGCCGCAACAGGCGGUGGACGAGAUGAGCGAGCCGUUCCCGCUGAGGCUGUGCCUCGUCGGCGGCAGGUACGACGAGUUUCGCGGCACCGACGCCGACGAUCGCGAGUUCAUGGGUCGGGCGUUGCGCGCCGCGGCCCACGCGCUCGCCGCCAGUCUGCACUAUCACUCGGCCAAGGACGCCCAGUUGCUGCGGAGGAGCAAGGACAUGCUGUCGAAUUACGGAUUCAAAGGUCAGAGCCCUAAAACGACGGUGAUCGAUCACGAGAAGCCGCUGUCGGUGGCGGCCGGUGCCGACUCGUUCGCCUCGAUCGAGCUGUACGAUCGACCGGCGGCGACUGCGGCCCUGAGCCUCGAGGAGAUCAAGAGGAUCUACGUGACGCGAUUCCCCCAGAGAGCCCGAGACCAGGAGGACCAGCGAACGAGCAGCGACGGUGCCAACUACGAUCGCGACGACGACCUCGAGCAUUUGGCCAACGACGAGAGCUUCGCCGAGCCGAUCAUCGAUAGGCUGGUGCUGCAGAGAGAGGAGGAGAUAAGCGUCUUGAUGCACGACAUGCAGGAGACACCGACGACCAACAUCCCGAUUCCCGAUCCAUACUGAGCAUCGCACCUUGUUCCUAUAUAAAAAUGUACGAGCUGCAGAUGUCGUCAAUAAAAUUUUUACUGUUUCAAUAUGCAUAAGAGAGUCAUUUAAAUGAUAAUGAGUUCUGCGAA